CUUGCAUUUUAGGGUGUCCUAUUCUUUCAACAUUGUGAAAUAUUUGAUCGAUUUAUAUAUUUUCUAUCUUUAGGAUCACUUUGUACAAGACCACCCUGACAGAAUGCAGCUCUUAUACGCUGUUCCUUUAAGAGUCCAGUUCAUCCGUCAUUGGAAUGAUGCUUAGUGAAGUCCUCUGGUGGAGGGGCUUAGUGCAGCAUCAGUGCAGGAUUCAAUCAGGAUCAGACUCAUCCUCCCCUUCAGAACCAAAGAAGAACUUCUGCAGAAACUUUCACAAUUUCUGGAUAUAAGCGACAUGACAGAACCAGCAACAAUAACCAGACCACUGAUAUCCUCAAAGCGUCACAAGAGUGUAAGAAAGAGUACAAGAAGGAUUUAUUCACCAUACCACGAUGAUAACGGAGCGUCUGAUGAUGAAGAUAAGGAUGGAGAGAGAGUGGACAGUAAUGAUCCGGAGGAGAUGUUCCAGAACAUUCAGCAACAGAAGGAGAUCAUUGCCAACAUCCGAAUCAAACCCUGGCCAAUUAGACGCAAACUGAAAGUGCUUAAGCAGGCUAAAGAGAUGGUCCUCAAGUAUGAAGGCAGAUUGACCAGGACACGAGGUUACCAGGCAGCCGGGGCAGAUUUGCUGAAGAAGAUUUCGAGAGUUCUCUACAACAUUGUUGUUCUGUUCGUACCUUGGGAGAUGAGGAUUAAAAAGAUUGAAAGCCACUUUGGAUCAGGCGUGGCCUCUUACUUCAUAUUCCUGCGAUGGCUGUUUGGCAUUAAUAUUGUUUUGACUAUAAUGACUGGAGCAUUUAUCGUACUUCCUGAGCUCCUGGCUGGCGCUCCGUUCGGUACGACCCGCAGCAAGACCAUACCUAAAGAUCAUCUCUCUUCUGCACAAGACCUGGACACCAUCUGGUCACUGGGGGGAUAUCUUCAAUACUCUGUACUUUUCUACGGCUACUACGGCAAUGUCCGUAAAAUCGGCAGCGCUGGCUACAGACUACCAUUGGCCUAUUUUCUGGUUGGGAUGGCUGUUUUUGCCUACAGUUUCAUCACUUUGUUAAGAAAAAUGGCUAAAAACUCACGCAUGAGUUUAGCCGGAGCUUCCAGUGAGAACUUCACAUUCUGCUGGCGAGUCUUCUGUGCGUGGGAUUACCUGAUUGGAAAUCCGGAAGCAGCGGAAAGCAAAGGAGCAGCUAUUGUCAACAGCAUCAGAGAAGCCAUCGUCGAGGAGCAGGAGAAGAAGAAAGACACAAGCCUAGCCGUACUGAUCAGUUUGAGGAUUCUGGCAAACAUUCUGGUCCUCCUCUCUCUGGCUGGCAGCAUCUACAUCAUCUACUUUGUAGUAGAUCGUUCUCAAAAACUGGAACAAGAGAAACCCGAACUGACACUGUGGGAGAAAAAUGAGGUUAGUGUGGUGGUAUCUCUCAUCACAAUGAUCGCACCUUCAGCCUUCGAGCUGGUGGCACAGCUGGAGAUGUAUCACCCCAGAACAAGCCUUCGCUUCCAGCUCGCCAGAGUACUGGUGUUGUAUCUUGGAAACCUUUACAGUUUAAUUAUUGCACUCCUGGACAAAGUCAACAGUAUGAGCUCUGCUAUACAGAUUCCUGUGGCUCCAGGGAACCUGUCGGACUCAACAUCUUACCUUGCGACCAUUUCCCAACCCACCGAAGACAACCUGUCCACUAUAGUCCCAGACAUCACAGAGCGACAGAAUAGCACGCUGACCAUGACUUAUUUGGAUCUUAACAACAACAUAACCACCAUUAAAAGCACCAUGUCCUACGGACAGGCAAUGAGAAUGCAGUCUCCGCUAAACCAGACGGUCGUCUACGAGUACACUACUAGAUCACAACAAGACCCUUGCUGGGAAACGUAUGUUGGUCAGGAGAUGUUGAAGCUCUCCAUCAUUGACAUGAUCUUCACGGUGGCAAGUAUCCUGCUUAUUGAUUUCAUCCGAGGGUUGGUGGUUCGAUAUUUGAGUGACUGCUGCUGUUGGGAUUUGGAGAGCAAGUUUCCUGAAUAUGGUGAAUUUAAAAUAGCUGAAAAUGUUCUUCACCUGAUAUACAACCAAGGAAUGAUAUGGAUGGGAGCGUUCUUUUCACCCUGUCUGCCCGCCUUUAACGUCCUGAAGCUCAUUGGUUUAAUGUAUCUUCGCAGCUGGGCUGUGCUGACCUGUAAUGUUCCUCAUCAGCAGGUCUUCAGGGCCUCCAGAUCGAAUAAUUUCUACCUGGCGAUGCUUCUAUUCAUGCUUUUUCUGUGUAUGCUGCCGACCAUCUUUGCCAUCGUGAGGUACAGGCCGUCUCAGUACUGUGGACCUUUCAGUGGCCAGGAGAAGAUUUACGACAUCAUCUCCGAGACCAUCGCAAAUGACUUUCCUCUGUGGUUCAGUAAUGUGAUGGAUUACGUCACUAGUCCUGUGGUAGUGCUGCCUGCAUCGCUUCUGCUGUUUAUGCUGAUCUACUACCUGCAGUCCAUCGCUAGAUCACUCAAAGUCACCAACAGCCAGCUGAGACUGCAGCUUCAGACCGAGCGUACAGACGACAAGAAAAAAGUAUUUCAGUUGGCUGCAGCGCGCCUUCAGGCACCCGAGGGUGCCGAUAAAAAGCCAGAGCAGGAAAGUGACAUCACAAGCAUGGAGUCCUCCGCUCGAUCCACCUCCCCCCAACGGCCCAACGGGAAUGUGGUCAACUUCGAAUCUCCCAUCCGCCAGGGCAACAGCAUCCGUACCAUAACCCAAUCGGCAUCACGGCCCGACGUCUCCAGAGCAGCGGGUGCGGCGCGGAGCUCCUCCGCCCCCGUGAGACAGAAGCACAAAGCGGAGCACGCAUCCAAUAGUGCUUUCAGAAUGUACAGCAGCCCCUCAGUUCCACAAAGACAAGUACGACGGGUGGAGUACAUACCCAUCAGGCACGCUGGGUACUUGGGUAGCAGCAGUGGUCCCGGUCGAUCGAAAUCCUACCACCACAUGGCCUACACCCCCAGGCACGGAGAGAGCAUCCACUCGGAUCCGCUGUUACGGAAGACCCUCCGACCCAUGCACGCAGAGCCCAGCAUAAUCGCGACACCGAGCUACGUGGGCCGGCGGGCUCAUACCACGCGCUACGUCAUCGUCAACGAACAUGAAGCUCGAAAGAAGAUGCGCUCAACCGUGCGCUUGCCAAGACAUUACCGCCUAGCCGAUGAACUGACGGAGAUCGUAGAGCUGUACCCACGCAAUGUCAAGUGUUACAUUCCUCGUACCCCUCACCGUAGCCACCAGCCACACCUAAGUGAAGAAGACGAGGAGGAAGAAGAUCCUAAGAGCACCAGCACGAGAAGAGGAUCCAUCAGACAGUCACAACGUCCGCGGUCACUGUCCGACCUACACCAGACCGCGAGGUUCUACAUUGGUGAUACGGUAGGCAGCCAGGUCUCCAUGGAGCAGGGUUUAUAUGCCGAUGAAGAAGAUGAGGACGACUGGGUCGACGACAGCUCUCACCUUUGCUCUCAAACAAACAUCCGAGGUCCGGAGUCGGCACACAGGCACAGGGAACCGCACGUCAAGUCCAAAGCCAAGCAUAAAGUGGAGCCAUCGCUGACAGAGUCCGAUUCUGCAUCGCUCGCAUCCAGCAGCGACCCGCAGAACAGCAGCACGGAUCAGUACAUCCAAAUCAUUCACAAUAAAGAAAAGUACCUGAAGCCCAGCACAAAGAUGGCCAAAAAGAAAUCCAAAAACAGCAUUACAGUGAAUGCGGCUAGUUCGAAUGAUCUUGUCUGCUCAAAUGUUUAAAGUAUUAUUUAUAGCUAAAAAAAAGAGUAUGGCUCUGUUCCACAAUCUUAGGCUGCCUGUGGCAUUUUAAGGCAUAAGUGUGUACUGGAGUUCAUGAAAAUGCAGAUUGUAAACAGUAAACACACAAUCGAUUUUAAACAUGUAAACGGUAAAACAUGUUGAAACGAAAUGCGAGUACACUCCACUUAUGCUUCAUAUGAGGAGCACUACAAUAUGUUGCCGACUAUGUAGUGAGUUUCAAAUCCAGUAAUGAAAUUACAUUUUAGGAUGCAGGCAGCACACUAGAUUAUAAAACAGAGCCAUUCAUACAUGUAUAAGGUUUUAUCAUAUGGAAAUUGUUGUUUUGCCUUGUGAAGCACACCAAUAUGACCAAACUGCACAAGUGUACUUUGCAUGUAUUCCAUUAAAUUCAAUAUAGCAAAAAGUGUUUGGACAUUUGUACACCCCAGCAUUCAACACAACGCCGUAAGCAGCACAUGCACAGGAAUAAAUGUAAACAUUUAAGAAUUAAUCAGUGAAUCAGACCUCUCCGCACAGUUGUGAUCCACGCUCGUCGUCUAACGUUACCCUCCCCAUAUGGCAAAAAAUAUGUUUUAAAAUAUAUGAAGAGUUUGGUUCCAAAACGAGAUAACUCCGUUUUUAAAAUUUUUGUCAAAACAUGUUUGUUAUCAUGGUUUUAUUGGGUUUUAUUGUGCUACUUAGCUGUAUUUUAUUAGUUAUGAAGGCUCAAAUCAAAACAAACCAACUGCAGUUUUAUUAAUAUUAAUUGGAAUGCACAAUCAGAAUUUUUUUAAAAACAGAGGUUAUCUAAUUUUAGAACCAAACUUUUCAUAUUUUUAAAUAUGUUUCAAAAUAUGCAAAAAUAUAUUUGCUGAAAUGAAAUGUUUAACAAUAAUAUGUUGGCCAUUUUUUUUGUAUAUUUUAAAAUACAUUUUAAAAAUAAAUAUAUUUUAAAGCAAGAAAAAAUAUUUAUGUCACAUUAGAAGAAAAACUUUUAGCUUACAAACCUGUAAACAUAACAUUUUUGAGAAGGUUAAAGGCAGGGUGCAUGAUCACUGAAAGCCAAUGUUGACAUUUGAAAUCACCUAAACAAACACGCCCCUACCCUAAUAGAAACUGGACCUUCUUUUGAUAGACCCGCCCCAAACAUACGCAACCCAGGCAUCCAUGUCGGUUAUUAGACACGCCCCAUACUGCUGAUUGGCUACAAGUGUGUUUUGGUAGUCGGCCCGACUCCCUUUUCCAAAGCGUUUUUCAAAAAUCACGCACCCCGCCUUUAAAAUUAAAUAUAUUUUCAACUUAAAAAAUAUACUUUAUAAAAUCUGAUUGUAUUUGGCAUAUAUUUAAAAUAUAUUUUGGCCAAGAAUACAUUUCUUGCCAUUUGGAUUGUAAAAUUAGA